AUGCUCGCGCAGAGUUCAAUCCCUGUUACCCUUCUUGAUAUGAAGAGCAACCUGGAUAAGAACCCGCGAGCGACGCACUAUCCUGCAGCUUCGAUGCAUGAGCUCAACCGGGCCGGCGUCGGUGAUGACCUUCGUGAGCGAGGAUUCAUGCCAGCAGGCCUCACCUGGCGCAAGCUGGAUGGCACACCCAUAGUGACGUUGGAUGCCGGAAACGUGUCUGACGACCCUGACCGCAUGGUCUGUCUGCCAUUGGACCAGCUAGGUGAAAUUCUCAGAAAGCAUCUCUUGAAACAUGAGAAUGUCAAGAUUCUGUUUGACUACAAGGUCACUGGCAUCGGUCAGAACGAGGACAAGGCCUGGGUAGUCGCAGAAACCCCUGAUGGCGAGAAGAAGCUCAGCGCCGACUAUAUCGUUGGCUGCGAUGGAGCAAAUAGUCAAAUCCGCCGUUCGCUCUUUGGUGACUCGGAGUUCCCGGGUAGGACUUGGGACGAACAGAUUGUAGCAACAAAUGUGUACUACGACUUUGACCAGUUCAAAUGGAAUGACUCAAAUUUCAUUGUGCACCCCGAGCAUUACUACAUGGCCGCCAAGAUCACAAAAGAUGGGCUAUGGCGAGUGAGUUACGGUGAGCUUCCCGGCCUCACAUUUGAGGAAUUACGGGAGCGUCAGCCUACCAAGUUCAGAGACAUGCUGCCCGGUCAUCCAAGUCCGUCCGACUAUAAGCUCGUUAACUUCAGCCCUUACAAGGUCCAUCAACGUUUGGCCACGUCUAUGCGUCAAGGACGAUUUCUGCUUGCAGGGGACGCCGCGCAUCUCUGUAACCCUUUCGGUGGCCUGGGCCUUACCGGAGGGAUCGUCGAUGUCGGCGGGCUCUAUGACUGUCUCCGAGGCAUGUAUGAGAACAAGGCAGAUGCCACGAUUCUGGACAAAUAUGACGAGAUCAGGCGACAAAAGUGGCUGGAUGUCAUUGAUGUAGUUUCGAGUUCCAACUUGCGCAGGUUGUUCGAGACGGAUCCUGAGCGAGCCGUCGAGACGGAUGACUUCUUCCAGAUGCUCAAGAAAGCAGAGACUGAUCCAGCAUACUCCCAAGAGCUCCAAAAUGCGGUCAAGGCGAUCCAGCAUGAUUUCACCCAAUACUACAAGUAG